CAACAGGAAUAAGGAAUAAAAUGGGUGCAAUUUGGAGCAUGUUCUUUGGUUAUGGGGGCAGUGACACUGUUGACGAGAAGACUGGUCUGACAGAGCGCGAGAAAAAUAUACUGCGUUAUACCUGGAAGGGGAUAUCUACCAAACCAAGGGAGUACGGACCAGAACUUUUCUUACAACUUUUCACGAAGAUACCAGAGACAAAGAAAUAUUUUCGUUCCCUCAAAGACAAAUCAAACGAAGAACUACGAAAAAGCUUUGUAUUGCGUGCCCAUGGUGCCACAGUUGUUAACUCCCUCACGAGUGUCGUAGAGAGCUUAGACGACGCCGACUGCUUGGUAUCGCUGCUGAAGAAAAUCGGCACCAAUCACCAGAAAAUAGGGAUACCUGUUGCUUUGUUUGGGCCGGAGUUCUGUGAAUUGAUUUUAUCAUGGUUGGAGAACUCGUUGGGAAGCAGCAGGUUUGGGCCCACAGAAAGAGCCACGUGGGAUAAAGCGUUAUCGGUGAUCAUGUCUGUCAUCAAAAGCGCGUACGACGAGAAAUAGCCACAAUGUGUGUCAUGAUCAGUGUUAGAAGUCCCAAAUUUUUAUGUAUGUACAGCUUUAAGACUUAAUGAAAAAGACAAGGGCAUGUAAAAUUGUGUAAAUAUCUUUAUAUAUACAGUGUAAUCAAUAAGCAACAACGUAAAACCUUUUUAAGAAAAGUACGUUGUGCGUUUAGAUACAGUUAGCAGCUGUUCAUCAUUUCAAACUACCAUAAAAUCUUGUGCAAUCGAGAAGGCGAUAUAAUAUGUCACCAGUCGUAACCAAUCUUUCUAGUUUGAAUAAUUAUAUAAAUGGUGCCAUUUUAGUAUGCUUUAAUUAUUAACGUCUUUGGUAUGUCAAAGAAACGUUUUUUUUUUCUUUCCUUUUUUUUUUUUUUUUUUUUUUUUUUGUCAAAAAGCAAGAGAGCAUCCAAGCGUUAGCGAGACCGAAUUAUCAUUUUAAAUAUCAAGGAUGGUUUUUGUUCUUUGGAACGGCCACUUAUGUUAGAGUAGAGAGUUCAUUAAAGCAGAUUUUCAGUGUUUAACCGAUUAUUAUGUUUUUAUCAUUAAAAAUACCUGCAACUCGACAUUCCAGCCCAUUACAAAAUAGCAAUAUCAAAACUCAGCCUUAGUGACCACAAUUUACAAAUUGAAAGGUUGAGACAUACAUCUCCUAAAACACCAAUGGAAGAAAGAUUUUGUCCACACUGCAAAAAUGUUAUCGAAGACGAAAAGCACUUUCUCCUGAUCUGCACUCAGCAUCAACGUGAGCGUAAAAAAAUGUUUGAUUCCCUGUCACGAUUCUCCGGUCUAUCAGGCACUGAUGAUGAUAGCAAAAUAAUACAAAUUCUUAAUCCACAGUGUCGUGCAAGUGCAUCAGCAGUGGCCAAGUUUACACAGUCAGUUAUGCCUAAGUAGCAAAUGCAUAUUGUACAAAAUACUAUGUCCAGUAUUAAAAGAUUGUGUCUUACUACUAUUGUGAGCUAUAUGUAUGAAGUAGUUAGCUUAUAUGUAUUUUGGUAUUUGAAUGAUCUAAAAUAGUUAUACUUAUUUAAGCUUAUGUGCACAAUUUAUGUAAAACUGUAGUUUAGAGAGCUUGUAAAAUGUAACUGUACACAUUUUAAUGCUCAAUAAAUUAUCAUUGUUAUUAAGUAAACUGGAGAAAUGUAUGUAGUCACUUAGCAUACAUUGUAUUUACUCUGUAUAUUCUACAAAAUUGAUAAGCACCUGUGAAAGUA